AUGAAUAACAUGGCGAGAAUUUACUUCAACAGCCCUUGCUCAAAUUCAAAUGGAAACAAAAUGCCUCCUGUAUGGCGGUGGAUACUAUUAGCUGUGAUUAUUAUAGUAGCCUUAUCUAUUUUCCUUCCACUACCGCAUAUCUUCAGUUUUCAUAAAUCACAUGCAGCAGAACAUUUACAGGAACUUCAUUAUGGAAUCGUAAUAGACUGCGGAAGCAGCGGAAGCCGGGUGUUUGUAUAUUUCUGGCCAACACAUUCUGGAAACCCAAGAGACCUUCUCGACAUUCAGCAGCUUCUAGAUGAUUCUGGGAAGGCUGUUGUGAAAAAAGUUUCACCAGGUCUUUCAUCCUUUGAAGAUAACCCAGGUGCUGCCAGUGACCACAUUAAGGAGCUACUUUUGUAUGCACAGAAAUACAUUCCUGCCAACAAAUAUCCAGAAACAGUUUUAUAUGUUUUAGCAACUGCUGGAAUGAGAAUGUUACCUGAAAGCGCACAGAGAGCUAUUCUUCUUGACUUAAGAAAUGACAUAAAGAAAGAUUUUAGCUUCAUCGCACCAGAGAAUCAUUUUGAGGUAAUCAGUGGGAAGCAAGAAGGAGUGUACGCAUGGAUUGCUAUCAACUAUGUACUUGGAAGAUUCUCCCACUCGUCAGCUGGUUCAGACAGUAGUGCAGCCCCUGUGGAGCUUGUUCACUCGGUGGAGGGGGAGACUGCUGUCACACACACUCGUAAAAGGACCGUUGGUAUAAUAGACAUGGGAGGUGGCUCUGUACAGAUAGCUUUUGAAGUAACAGAUCUUAGGCAUAGCAAGGACAUUCCAAGGUCUCUGCUGUCAGAAUUUAAUCUUGGCUGUCAGGAGAGUGAUAUAGAACAUACUUAUCAAGUUUAUGUCACCACAUUUCUUGGCUAUGGGGCCAAUUCUGCGCGUGAGAGAUAUGAAGAUAUGCUGAUUCAGCAGUCAGAGAGUCAGACAAGGGGAGUGUUUCCUUUGAGGGAUGUAUGCCUGCCAGCUGGAAUGAAGCAGAGUUCAAAAAAUGAUAAUGGAGAAACUCACGACUUUGUUGGAUUAGGAGAUUAUGAAGCUUGCAAAAGAGCAGUGGAACCAUUGAUGAACUUGACCGUGCCUUGUAGUAAGAAACCAUGCUCUUUGAAUGGUGUUUACCAACCUCACAUUGAUCUGUCUUCUGAGUUCUAUGGUUUCUCUGAAUUCUGGUACAGCGCAGAGGAUGUUUUUGGAAUAGGUGGGCCUUACAGUUAUGAAGAAUACCAAAGCAAAGCUAAGGAGUUCUGCAGCACAUCAUGGGAAGUUCUCUCUGGACGCUACAAACAGAACCUCUACCCAAAAGCAGAUGAUCACCGUUUCAGGUUUCAGUGUUUCAAAUCUGCUUGGAUGUCACAGGUUUUCCACAAAGGGUUAUCCUUCCCUACCACCUACAGGAAGUUUACGUCAGCCCAGCUGGUAAACGGCAAAGAUGUUGGCUGGACUCUAGGGGCCCUUAUUUAUAAAACUAGAUUUUUACCCCUGAGAGAUGUGGAGAAACUAACAGAACAGCUGCAGGUUUCAUCAAACUGGCGACAUUCCUACAGCCUUGAUGUAUCAUUUAUGUUGAUGGCUUGUUGCUUUGUCGUCCUGACGGCCAUUGUUGUAUAUAUGAAAUGGCUAAAAUGCUGCCCUCGCAGGGCGGAUCUCUCUCGGGUGCCAUCAAUGUCCUACUUCAUGACAGACCAAGAUCAGAUAGAGCAAGGGUUGCAGUUUACCAAAGGUCAAGGUUUUAUUUUAUGA